AAAAAAGUUCAGUGGAGUCGAGAUCCACCGUCAGUAACCUUUUGCUGGAAGAGGAGUGAUAUUUAACCAUUUAAAUAUGGAAUUUAUAUAAAUUGACACGAUCGUGGACAAUCAUAAAAGAAAAUAGCCGUGGGGGGAAACAGUAGCUUCCGAUCAUCUCCACGAUCGAAGAAAAACUGUUGGGGAAAUACCUCUCGUGCUCGAAGUUGGUAUUUUCCUGACGAGGAAGCUAACUGGCUAACAUGAUUAGCUUGGGGCGAGAAAAGUGGACGAUUUGUCAACAUCACAACGGGGGACAGUAAGAAAGAAAAACACUCUUUGAUCAGUCCUUGUUUUUUAGGCCGGACGUUUUGAAAGAAAACGGAGUCGCUGUGAUUUACAAAGUAUUUGACUCUUAGUACUGUGGCCCACGAGUUGUGACGCUCUUUAAUCGUGGCAACAACUGAUCCAGGUAACGCGCAGUGAUCUCAACACUUGGCUUGCAACAUCAAAACCCGUUGCCAGUCCUCCUUGCGAGGCUACAGUUUGUAAUGGGGCCCCUGCAGAGUUAGUAGGACGCCUUGAAGCAGAGUGAAUCCCAUCCAACCAUGGGAGGAUGUGUGGGAAGAUACUGGGAACGAUGGGAUGAUACACAGAGCAGAGGAUCUUCCAGAAACGGUGGUCGAGGAGCUCGCAAUGAGCCGCUAAAGAAAGAUCGACCCAAGUGGAAGAGCGAGUAUCCAAUGACCGAGGGCCAACUGCGGAGCAAGCGCGACGAAUUUUGGGACACAGCGCCGGCUUUUGACGGCCGCAAGGAGAUCUGGGAUGCCCUGAAGGCUGCCGCCGUGGCUCUGGAGUGUAACGACCACGAGCUGGCCCAAGCCAUCGUCGACGGCGCCAGUAUCACCCUGCCGCACGGUACUCUGACGGAGUGUUACGACGAACUCGGCAAUCGCUAUCAGCUGCCUGUCUAUUGCCUCGCUCCGCCCGUCAACCUCAUUUCAGAACGCAGCGACGACGAUCACAGCGACAGCCCCCAACUGCCCGUCGCGCCCAAGAAGGAAUUUCAGCUGAAGGUGCGCCUGUCCACGGGUAAGGACCUGCGUCUGAGCGCCAGCAUGACGGACACUAUCGGUCAGCUGAAGAAGCAGCUGCACGCCCAGGAGGACAUCGAGGCCGCCCACCAGCGCUGGUUCUUCUCGGGAAAACUUCUUACGGACAAGACACGGCUGCAAGACACCAAGAUCCAAAAGGACUUUGUUAUUCAGGUCAUCGUCAACCCUCAGGCUCAACCCAAGAUGUCACCUCCAGCAACCACCAGCAGCAGCAGUCCUGAAACAGAAUAGCUGAGGUCCAAAACAGGACCUUCAGUGGGAUAAAGCCACCACUCCGCACGCAAUUCUCUGACCUUUGCCCUUUUACCAACGCUUGCUAGGUGCCAAUGGGGAAAACGUGAGGAGGUGUUUGUGCGGGCAUCGAUGGACUCAUUUAUGUCACCGCAAUCCAGGAUAACAAUCUCUUUAAUAGUUCCUUAUAUUGUGAAAAUGACAACAAUGGAGCUUUUUUUUUUGCACAUUUUAAGAGAACUCUCGAAGGUGUUUGCGUGCCUUCUAUCAGACAAAACAAAAAAAGGGUUCAUGUCCACGUGGAAAGUUGAAUUGCUAGUCCAGCCCCUUUAAAAAAAACAAUCUGCCCUUUUUAACAAUCGUUUGGGUGUGUUUGUGCGGACUUCUUCAGGAAUCGCAGUCACUUAUACAGGAAAUUAAGAAUUCUUUUCUAAAUAAGAUGUCUGUUAUUGACACUAUCGAGGCCCGAUUUGUUUUGUUCUUGCUAUUGUUUUCUCAGCGGUAAAAUAUAUAUCAGUCCAGUAACCAGUUGUCGUUACGCCGCGGUAGAAACCGCCCCUCGGUAGAAACUCCUAACUAGUCCUCGUUGGACUUAGGUGUUCUAAAGCACAAAACUGCAGCAGAGUACCAAUUCCAGAAAAAACAAAACCUGUUUUGACUUGCCGUUUGCAGAUAGCAGUAUGCUCUCUUAUGGACUGUAGCGCUGCACAUCAUGAGUUUGUUUUGUCUAAAAGGCAAACUGUCCUGUUUGCUGGAGCAAAACAACUUAUUGCUAUUAAAUAGCUAUCAGGUGAAUUUUUCAAGCUGGAAAAAAAACCCCGUAGCAAAAGUGUAACUCCACUUGAACUUAAAUCUGAUUCCUGUGCAAUGCAGUGACUCAUCUUGUGUCUCAUGACUUGCCUUUACACAGAGUGCUGCUGGUCGCUGUCAAACUUGAUUUAUGCUGUUAUUAUGUCGAUAUUGUCUCUUAAAACAGGCAAUAUCAGUGGAUUGCAAUGUCUUGUAUUUUUUUUUUUUUAAAUAGUACAAUCAUAGAAAUACAUUUUAACCCCACCUCACCAUAGCAAGAUUUCUGUAUUUAUCAACUUGUUAGCCAGAGCUUCUUGCUAUGAGUAGGUUUCUUAUUCAUUAUGCAAACUUGAAUAAGGAAUUUCUCUAUGUGCAAUAAAUACACUCUAGACAUAGGCCUAGAUGACCGUGCAUUUGAUAGAAUACCAGCUUUGUGUAUGUGUUUCAUAUCCGAGCAGGAACAGACACUUCUUGUGUGAAUCAGCAGACGCAUUUGUCCAUUGUUUGUUUACCUUUAACACUUUGUAUUCCAAGCUGUUGCCCCGACGUUUUACCUGGGAGCUCAUCUUUUUACAAAAUAAAUAAUUAUUACAAA